UGGUCUUUCGGCCCUUCCAGUCCGGAGAGGAGAACGGAUGGGCGGCGAGGCUGGAGCCCCAGCUGGAAGGGAGGCGUGUGACCGGCAGGUCGGGGCGAGGAGGAGGAGGAGGAGGAGGGAGCGCCGGCUGAGAGGAGAGGCGGCGGCGGCUCUUCCUGCGGCCAGAGGGUGGCUGACUGGAAGGCAAGAAGGAAAAACAAGACAGGCGCGGCGGGGCUUCCCGGGGAAGAAGAAGGGAGGAACGAAAAUGGAGGAGCAGAGGCUUGUGGUCAUCAAAGAAGAAGAGAGAACUGAGAAUGGGGGAAGAGAUCCAUUCAUUGUCCAAGUCAGGACCAUUGGGGACUCUCUGACCGGGGCUGGCCCAUCCCACAUUAAGAUGGAGUCACAGGAGGAAAUCCACCAACGCUGGGAUUUUCAAUGGCAGGAAUUCUUGAAAAGGGUGGCAGCGCUUCCCGCAGCUCUGCCUCCAUUGGACGAUGAUGCCAGAGGUUUCCCAGUCCCCUGGGGGAGAAUUAAGGAAAACCCACCAGAGGAGAGUUCUGGGGAAGCCAGAGGAGAAUCCGUGCUCCAAAGGGAUCCGAACAUCAGUGGGAAAGCUUGGAUGGACAGGGAGAAGCUGGAUUUCUGCAUGAAAGUGAAGGUGGAAGAGUCCAUGGAGGAAGUUGACCUGGGGAGCCAGUGGCCCUUGCAGCUCAGGCAGUUCGGUCCCCAGGAUGCUGAGCAGCACCAGGAGAUACCUUCCAAGAGAAAGCACCCUGGUUCAGCCGAAGCGAGUAGCAAGAAGCAAAGGAAAGCCAUCGAUCUCAAUUUGAAGAUGAAGAUCAUCAAAGCGUACGAGGCCGGGAAGAAGGUGACUAAAAUAGCGCGAGAGGUCGGCCUGGCCCAUUCUACCAUCUCCACCAUUUUGAAGGACAAGGUGAGGAUCAGAGAGGCCCUAAAAGGAGCAGCAGGCAUGAACACGAGCAUCACAAGGCAGCGAAAAGGCCUCAUCCACGAGAUGGAAAAACUCCUCAUCCUCUGGAUUGAAGAUCGGAUACAGAAGAGGCUGCCGGUGAGCCUUCUCCUCAUUCAGAAUAAGGCGCGCAGCAUUUUCUCAAUGCUGAAGGAACAAACGGGCGAGGAGUGCACCGAAAUAUUCACGGCCAGCCAUGGCUGGUUUAUGCGAUUCCAGCAAAGGUUUCAUUACCAGAAAACGCACCCGUCAGGGGACGCCGUGAGGGCCGACGAAGAAGCUGCCAAACACUUUCUGCAGGAACUCGAUGGGAUCAUAGCAGAAGGCAAUUAUUUUGCCGAACAGAUAUUCAGAGUGGACGAAACGGGACUGUAUUGGAAAAGAAUGCCGGAGCGGACCUACAUACACAGAGAAGCCCAAGCGAUGCCUGGGUGUAAAGCAUUUAAGGACAGAGUAACUUUACUCUUAGGUGGAAACGUGGCCGGAUUCAAGCUGACGCCGUUCCUGAUCCUUAAAUCCGAUCACGCCUGUAUGUUCGAAAACAUAAGCAAUGACACGCUGCCCAUUUAUUACCGGUUUGACUGGAAGGCCUGGAUGACACCCGUCCUUUUUGAGGAUUGGUUUACGAAUUGUUUCAUACCCCAAGUAAAGGAAUAUUGUGAACAAAAGGGGGUUCCUUUUAAAAUUCUCCUCCUCCUAGACAAAGCCCCUGGACAUCCCCCACAUCCUGAGAAUCUCCACCCCGAUGUAAAGGUCGUUUACCUGCCCCAAAACCCCUCCGCUCUCCUACAGCCUGUGGGAAUGGGGAUGAUCUCAGCAUUCAAGAUGUACUAUUUGCACGCGGUGUUUGCUAAAGCCUUAGCCGCCAUGGAAUACGAUAGAGUAACAGUACGUGAGUUUUGGAAAAACUACAAUAUCCUGCACUGUAUCGAAAACAUCGCCAUCGCCUGGCAGGAUGUGAGUGGGAAAAGCAUGCAAGAGUUUUGGAGAAAGUGUCUGAAGCGUUUUGUUGCUCUCGCCGGCAACUUCGAGCUAUUUCACCGAAUCCCAAAUCUGGACGAGAUCAAUCGGAAAAUCUUGACGCUCACGCGAUUCCUUGAUUUGGAGGUCGACGCCGAAGAUGUGAGAAACUUGGUGGCGUAUACGGAAGGGGAGCUUUCCAACGAAGAUCUAAUUGAACUGAAGGAAGAACUGGAAGCCCAGAAGAUUGUGGAAGAAGAGGUGGAGAAAGAAGAAAGGAAAGAAGAGAGGAAAGAAGAAGAAAAGAAAGUGGUAGAGGUGCGGCCCAAAACGUUCAGCCUGAGAAGACUGGCCAGCGUCUUCUCGAGCGUGAACAAAAUUUUAUCCGAAUUGGAGAGCAUGGAUCCGGAUGUGGAACGUUUUAGAAGGGUACACUGGGAAAUGUGUGAAAUCUUAAAAUGUUACCGUGAAAUCUAUGAAGGAAAAAAGAAAGAAAAGAAUGAUAAAGAAAACAAACAGAGCGGGUUGCUGAAGAAAGUUACUCCUCCCCCGGCUCCACUUCCCUUCCUUUUACCCUUCCCAUCUACAGGAACACAAAACCCGGAAGAUCCUCAGCCGUCAACCAGCUACGCCAGUGGAUCCGAUGUUCCUGAAAACACAGACAACUAUGAAUAUUUUCAAGGAUUUAUAUCCAAUUUGAUGCUUACAGGCAUCCCAAUCCCAGCGUUAUACGAUACUAAUAUCUCCCAAAUUGGAGGAAGAGGCCUUGGAGAUUGUGAAGGUGAAGCAUUCCCUGGAGAUAAAGCAAGAGAAUGAAGAGGAGGCCAACUCACUAGAAUGUGAUGGAUAUGGGACAACUCAUAAGAAGAAGAUCUUCCAGGUGGGAAGAUCUGAAGAAAUAGAUUUUGGAAGAUUCCGUUCAAAGGAGUCAAACGAUCAUUUCUCUGGGGUUCCAGGAUUAAGGAAAGCCAAUAGAUCCACCAGGAGCACAAAGGCACAUAAGCCAAGAAAGCCAGUGAAACGUUCCUGCCUGAAGAUGCCGAUCAAAGUUUAAAUGAAGCCAAUUUUCAGCGGGGCACAAAGUCUGGAAUUAAGAGGCACCAGGGAUGGUGUGCAACCAUCACUGUUCAAACGUGCAAGUAAAGGAUAACUGCGUAAAUAUAUACUCUUUCAGAACAUUAACAGCAAACCCCAUUUAUUCCACAGGAAAACCCUCAACAAGAAGAAGAAAAAAAUCAUGUUUGCUCAGAGCUCGAAAAAUGUUUUGGUUUGAAAGCAAACCUCCUGAAGACCAUUCAAACCGGAAGAAAGCCGCAUAAACCUUCAAACUGCAGGGAAAGGUUCAACACAAAAUCAACUCUGAUUAAACAUGAGAAGUUCCGCACGUGAGAGAAGCUGUACAGAUGCACUGAACAUGGGAAAACGUUUUGGGGGAAAAUGGCGUUCUGGUCAAGUCCCUGAGGAGGGGGAAAAAAGCCACAUAAAUGCUCUCAACUUCAGCCAAAAGUUGGGUGUGAGGCCCUCAUCAAACACGAGCGAAGGAGAGAAGCCGUAUGAAUGCUCCCAAGUUUCCAAAUCAGCGGCCAUCUUUUAAACACACAAAAGGGCAAGAGACUCAAGUAUUUAGACCUUGGCAAAAGCUUCAACGAGAGAGGAUGGUUGGUGAAAUAUGAUGUGUAUAGACAUCGUAUCAGUGCUUAGACAGAAUGCAAAUCUUCAGUCACAGCUCGUGAUCUACACAAGAGCCCAGCCAGGAGAGACCACAGGGGUGUCCUCAACCUGAAAAAAAACUUUCUUUCUAGUUCGCAUCUCAGGGAGCAUAUUGUAGUGCACGCAUACGCUCAAUAAGUCCCAUAAAGUUCUUCCAUGGUGGGAAAACAUCCAUUAGAAAAUGGCGGCCCGCCAGCAGAUUCAUCCCCCUGAGAGAAAUCAUAAAGAUGCUCUGUGUGAGAGAAAAGAUUCUGUAAUUCUUUCAUGCUUCAUAAAACAUAGGAAAAUCCACUCAACAGGGACGUCCUGGAGGACAGGAUUGGUAUUCAGGUCCACCAUGCAGUCUCAGAGAUACUGAAAACGAUACUAGCAUUGGAGUGAAACAUCAGACAAUGGGGAGGAAGCCCAAGGAACAAGGAUUGAUGGCUUUUAAAAAUAUUGACACAUUAAAGUGUUGUAAAGAAGCGCUUGUUUCACACGGAAGUACUUUGUUCAACCUCUAGCAUAACAGGCAGGUUAAAAAUGACCCUUCUCACAAAUCUUGGUACAGGAGAUUGUGAAUUCUAGUGCCAUCUUAGCCGGCUGGAUCACCUUGGACUAGUUACUCACUCUCUCUCAGUAUAAUUCACCUCACAGGGUUGUUAUUGUGGGGAAAAUAGGAGGAGGAAGGGAUAUUGGAUAUAUUUGCCACCAUGAAUUAUUUGUAAACAUAGGAAAGAUGGGAUACCAAUCAAUGAAUAAAUAAAAUAGAUCGGAGGUUGGUUGAUCUCCAUAAAGGAUGUUGGUCUGUGCAGUGGAAUGCCUUGUGAAUAUAUUUGGGUACAUAUAUAGGAGCUGCAAUAUUGAGAGAGGAGCUGCAAUCUUAACACAGCAAAAUCUAUUCAGUAGGAAAUAUUUGGAAGGCCAAAGGGGGGUUUUUUCUUCUUCUAGAACUGUCCUCAUAGGCCCACACUCGUUCCUCACCCUCACAGUUUUAUUGAGACCUGCUUGAUUUUCGCUCCUGUGAUUGUAAAUUAAUCCUGUGGUUAAAAUACCCUCCAGAGCCACUCAGAGUCAAGUGGCAUACAAACAACACACAAAUGUAAUUUUCUUUGGUGAUGUUUUUAUGUUUACACAAUUUGUAUGGCUACUCUUCUAAAAAAAACAAUAACUGGUCGACAAGAAAAGAAUUAAAAUGAAAACAAUUUAAAUCAAUAAACUAGUUUCAGUGGUUCUCAACCUUGGCAAGUUGAAGAUGUGUGGACUUCAAUUCCCAGAAUUCCCCAGACAGCCUUGCUUUGGAGGUAAAAUGAGAGGUGACCUGAGACCGGACUUUUGUCAGACUUCGAUUCUUCCUGAUUAGACUUUUUAAAAACACGAUUCCUUCCCCCACAAGAUCCUUGCUGUGAUCAGGACUGGUCUUAACAAAUAGGAGAUGCACCUACAAACCAGGCAGGACAUGGACUGCACUGUUGUGCCUGCCAUCUUGGUGUCUUUUUUUUUGCUAUUUAUGGACAGCCUUGUUUUCCAUGG